UCCUUCCUCUUUCUUUUUUUCUUCAUUUUCUUCUUCUCCUUCUUCUUCUUAUCCGUUACACUAGAGAUCAUCGACUACCCCUAUUUUUCAAUCUCGAAAGAGAUUACACAGAUGUGUAACCUUGAAAGAGACUGGCCAAAUGGCAACUUUACCCGAGGUCAAAUGUGUGGAAGAAUGUCUUGCAAAUGCUUAAAUCGAGUUACGUUAGGUUGCCCAAAGAUGUAAAAAGGUGCUUAAAGUACUUCUUGCUAUUCCCCAAAGGUUGUUGGAUUGAGAGGGAUGUCGUAACACAGUUAUGGAUGGCUCCAAAGUGAGGAUGACAGUUGGGAGACGUUGGAGAGAUCUGCCAUGGAAUACCUUGAAGAACUGCUGUCACGUACUGAUUUCUUUAGGGAUUUGAAAAGAGAUGAAGAUGGGCACAUUGUUAGAUGCAAGAUCCAUGAGCCAUUCCAUGAUAUAGUGCGUGAGCUUUCAAGAGAUGAAUAUAAAUUGAUUAAGGAUACAAAAUCAGGAUUCAGUGAUCUUGAUGAUCUUGGGGUGACCCGUCAAUUGUCAUUGACUUGGGAUGUAGAUACAAAUACAAUAGAGGAUCAUUCAAAUCUUUGUUUUUCUGCACUCUUCUGUUUUGGAGGUCUAAAGAAACAAGAUGGGAAUACAACAACGAUUCUAAGCAACUCCUACAGUAAGUUGCACACACUGCUAUAUUUUGGAAAUCCAAGAAGUGGGAGCGUGAAACCCAUCGCCAAUCUUCACUUGCUGCACCUUGACAUUUCGAACAACUUCAUGAAUGGAAGCUUCUCAAAACAGGGGAAGGGGAAGAAUAGUAUUUUUCUUCUAAUUGUCCGAAUAAUUAUUACAAGAAUAAUAUAGAGAUUAAAAAAUAUUACAAUGAUGGACUUCUCAUUUUUUAGAUGAAAGACUAAUGAAAAGAAGUCUUUGUCUCACA